UUUUGUUUCGUUUCACCAUCAGUUAAUAAAAGUUCUGUUUGAUAGAACUCUAAUUUCGAUUUGGGAAAGUUCGAAAUAUGAUCUCGAAAGCCCUACGUGUUAUUCCCUUAUGGCAUGUAUAACUCGUUGUGUCAAAAAUGCUUUCUGCUCGCUUCAAUGGUAUAUUCCAUGUGGUCUAAAUUUAGCGAAGGAAGGUAUUUAAAACCGUUUUGCAUUUAAAUGUAAGUGAAAGCGGGUGCUCUUUGUUCAUUAUUUUGACAUGCAUUGUGUUCUUAAUCUGAGAUGUAUGAGCCAUUACAGGGUUUUCACUGCUUUGUGACAAAGGUAGUACCGUAUGCCGCAUAAGAAUAUAGAAUGAAAACAACUCGUGUGGUGUCAAAGUUAUCAUAAGGGUGACGGAAUUUACAUUUUAAACCAAUAAAGGGAAAAAAAUGCCCCAGACUGGUGAUCUCUUAUUGUGGAAAGUAUUUGACCGGUUGAAUUACAUGGGGAAGUUAGUGAACUAACAAGAAUGCAUUAAAAGAUCCAGUCUUUUUUCGGCAAGCGUAAAAUUGGUAUGAUAAAUGGGUCUGAUGUCAAUUGUGUGAUGACCUGUCUCAAAACAGUGUCAUUGAACACAAGAACCAACUUCGAGUUCGAACUCCUCACUAAGAUUUCAUCUAAGCUAAUUCCAGUCAAAUAAUUUUAUCAGUUCUCAUUUCGCCUCAAGCAUUAGUGUCCGAUUUUUCGAACAUUUCAACUUUACACGGGUUUACUUUUCAUGAAACCAGAGUAAUCAGUGUUUAUUUUGUAGCUUCCACCGGUCAGAUUUUGUAGUGGGCGGGAAUUACAACAUGUUUCGUCUAUUUCGCACUUUUAUGUGGGGUGCCCACUGUAAAUGGAACUUGCCAAAGGUGUUGAAAACCAAUCGAAUUAGUCAGCUAACUCUUCUGACGACAAUUAUUUGAGAUUUUCAUCGUGCGUUUUUUGCAUGUGUUAGAAUGCAGAUUGAAGGAUAUUGACCCGCAGGAUCCGUUCUUCUGAAAGUAAUUUACAUUUGUCUGGUUCAAAAUCCCCUGCAGUUUUGACUGUGCCUUGACAUUUUGGCGAGGAAGUAUGAAUUUUUGUUAGUUAAUCGAGCCCUAAGGAGAUAAGAAGUUUACUCUUUUGUCAAAAGUUGUUGAUUUUCAACCUUUUAAGUGCGAUACAAAUACAUAUUAACAAACGGGGCCGAUAUCAAUCUACAUUAAGGCGGGCGAUGUUGGAUCACUACGUGACAGAAAUGCCUGCUUAAUCCUUGGAUUCCUUUACCAGAGAUUUUGCUUAAGUUUUUUGUCAAAGAUUGCUCUCAUUGUUUUUUUUGUGUGUGUUCUUUAUGUGUCCACUGCUGGUGACCAGUGUUAUAUCCUUCCGACACCUGCGCCGCCCACCUCUUGACCAACAAAAGAAACACGAUUUGUGGAAAGGUGUCUGCGAAGGAUUGGAGCAGUCAGAGGCGAUCAGCCUCCGAUUAAAUGCUUUCGACUCUAAUCUAGCUGAAACAACCGCGUUUAUUCUUCUUUCGAUGACUUCUAAGUGUAUCGCUUUGUUCAGGAAAUUGUAUUUUUAUGAAAGGUCUCUCUUAUGAUGGAAGAAGGUUCAUAUUUUGCUAUUUCUUUUAAGGUAGCACUCAUAGCUGGUUGUUAAUUGCAAAUGAUGAACCGAGCGCCUGUGACGUUCAGGAACGGCGAUUCAGCCUGACAGGUCGCUCUAUAAACACGCGUUUGUCAAAUGUUAAGAGUUGUAAAAACUCCGGUCAACGGCGACGUUAACGCCAACAAAGAAACUGGUGCCACCUUCAUUAUGCAACAUUAAAGCGUGCCUUUCUAAAUGCUCGCCGUUCCCUCGUGUUUUGAUUGGAAAUCGUUGCCACCAGUUAAGCGAAUCUAGAGUUUCAGCCGUCUUUAAGAAGUAAGAUUUUAACCAGCAAAGUAAUUUUUUUGCACUUCACAUUGCAGCAUUGUUUGAUCUGUUUCCCUGCAGGACUUUGCAACUGCACGGAAAUUGCGCCUGUGUGUCGGAACGUGCACUGUCAUUUAAGGUUCAUUUAAAUGGCUUUGUGACCAGGUGGGUUGGCCAUCUGAGUUUUAUUUGAAUUUGUAUUGUUUACCUGUGGGUCUUUUAAAUACACGUGCGUCCGUUAAACCUUCAUUCAUUUGUAACACACCGUGCAUCGGGUUGAGAACACUCGAAUGCAUCCUCUUAUCUCAAGCCGUACGAUGAUGAAUCGUUCUCAACUCAAUCUUUCACCUUGUUCUUCACCACUUGCCUCGUUUAAAGACAAGUUUGAAUUCCCAGCCCCUUCAGACCUUUGGCCCUCAUUUUCGUUCCCAACGCCACCGACUUCGCCGGUCGAAUUCUGCAGCAACUGUCAAGAGGUUACGAAAGAGAUGCGCUGGCACGCCGCCUCGGGUCCGUGGGGAGAACUGAGGGAAAUCUCGGACGAAGAAAUCGAAGUGGACGAUGUCCCAUUCGAAAUUGCGCGGCAAUUUUGCGGAAUGCGCGCCGAAUCUCCCGCCAUUCUCAAUGACAUAAUGUGGAGCGGAGAUCGAGUCAGGAGGCCAGAUUCUACCACCGAUUUCGAAGCUCGAUUCAGUUUGUCGUCAACUCCGACAUGCUUUGAUCAACCGAUUAGCCAUACAUUUGUCGAGCCGGAAGAGCUGUUCUCAUUCUCGUUGCUAAGCCACUGCAGUGAUCAAGACGUUGGUAUGUUGGACAGACUCGCAAACGGUGAUGCUGCCUUCAAUAUUCCAUCAGAGGACCUUCCAUCCGAAACAGAGGAAGAUGAAAUCGACGUUGUAAGUGUCACAGUAGACAAAACAAAGGAAGAAGUCGUCACCACCCGUCUAAGUCCAGACACCACCCAGCAGGAAGACAGAUCGAUGAACACCCCGCCAAAACAGCGCUGGACUAAAGGAAAAAACGAAGAAUCAUCCGAGCCGGGAAACGAAGAUGGAAAUGGACGUAUUUCUCACAAUGAUUUGGAAAGGAAGCGACGCAACGAUCUACGGAAUCGUUUCCAGUGUCUUCGAAGAAGCAUCCCAUCAUUAGAAGAGAGCGAACGCGCAGCUAAGAUAACAAUUUUGAGGAGAGCAUCGGAAUUUAUACCUUUACUUCAAAAGGAGGAGGAGAAAUUACUGGCGCUUAAAGCGGAAGAAAAGAAACGAAAUGCUGCCCUUUUGAACACUCUCAUGAAACUUACAAAAAACAAGAGAAGAUGAACGCAAUUUGCGCCCUGAGGCAUUUAGGUGUGGUUUUCGGAUUUCCUCUUUCGCGUUCACACUUCACUAACACAUAUAUCUUCAUACUUGAAUACUUUUCUAAACCAUAAUUAUUUUGAUAUGGAUUUUUUCUUGUGUACGCACAAACACUUUUUCAUUGUUAGUCGUUUUUUACCUCGUGCAGAAAUUUUUGUCAGCAGUGUUCACGGGCUCGUGUUGUUUUGUGGUUAAUUCACGUUAUCAAUCAAAAAACGCAAGGAAAGUACUUAAAUGUAACUAAAAGUUCUCUUUUCAUUGACCUAAUAUUUAUAAGAAACUUGAUAAAAAAGACAGAAGAACUGAAUAAAGGAAAUAAACAAAGCAAACAAAAAAACAAUAAAAAAUAGCACAUAAUGGUACGAACAACAGCAAAUAGGCUGCUGAAAUGUGUAAAGCAGCUCGAGCGCUCCUCAAGAUUCUCCCAAAAUAUUUCUCUGUGAAAUAUGCAUAAUCACAAUGAACAACCUGUGAUGCUGUAGAUUCUCAGUGGUACCUCAGUUAGUUGAUGGUAACCUAGCUUGUCUUACUUUUGAUAUGAUCUUUCCUGAACGCGUGUUUACUUCAUCUAUCCUCGUUGU